GCAAAAUUGUAUAGUAUUGCAUGAAAUGUGAAUGAUUAUUUUGCGUUUGUGUGGCUCUUCUCUUAGCUAUCUUUUCAUAAUGGGUCCAUAAAUCCAUGUAAUUAUUCAUCUCUCUGCAAAACCAACAAGCACAUUUUUUGGCUUUUAACACUUCUCUCACUCACACACACACUUUCUUUGCCCCUUCUCUUUGUGAUUUAUUCAUGCCCUUUGGAUAAUGACCCCCCCCCCAAAAAAAAAACCCUCUUUUUAAUAAAAUAAAAUAAAAUAAUGUGUUUGUGAGGAAGAUGGUGAUUCUGAAUUUUCUGAGUUUCUUGGGUGUUGGGUUCUGAAUAAAAAUCUUGCUUUUCUUCCUCAUGCAAGCAAAACAUCUUACUUUUUGCAUUGCUUUUUUUUUUGUAGUUUUUUGGGGGUGGGUUUUGUGUUGUGGGGUUGAUAUAUUGUACUAGUCCUACCAUUAUUCUUUUUUUUUUUUCAUUUUUUUACCCUUCUUAUUUUUAUUAUUGUUAAAGGGGAGAAAAAGGGUCUUUUGAUUAAACAUUGUUUGGGGUGAAAGGGAAAAAAAACAAUGAUUUGUUUUAAAUUUUUCUCCAUAUUUGGAUUUGGCAACAACCUUGGAAUUCUAUUUUAAGAGGAAUUUUGAAGAAGCUGCUGUUUGUGGAAGUUUGGCACAAGCUUGGCAAUUCUUUUCAGCCAAAAGUAUACUAGUGUGAACUAUCAAGGUUUAAUUGUCGUGGAAGAAGAGCUGCUGUUGUUAGCUUGAUCACUUGUCUCUGUUGUUUCAUAGAAAAUCCUCAAGUGAUGUGGAACUCAAUUUUCAACUAGAAAUGGCAGAGCCUCUUCGGAUUAUAGAUGAAAAUUUUCUUCAUACGACCAUUGUUCCCAUUAGUUUUCCCGAAACAGUUUGUAUGGAUGGACAAAACCAGAUCAUGGAUGGACAUGGAAUUCCUUAUCCUUUUAUGCUGCAAGGUGAAGCCUUAAACACUUCUCAUGGUUUUCUAAAUGUACCUAAUUUUCCUCGGCCUGUUGACACGGAAGCAAUUCAUAAUGUGUUGCCGGUUGGGAGAAACAGAAUAAAAGAGUAUUCAGUGAGUACUUCUUAUCCAAUCAGUAAUGCUUACACAGAUGAUCAAUAUAUGGAGGGUAUACCAAUUUCUGCUGUGUCUCUUGCUAGUCUUUUGGCUGCAAGGAACGCUAUGCACGAGAAUCCUGAAAAUUUAGCGGUACUAGCUCCGUUGUCACAUCCUACAGAAGGCCAGAAAAUGGAUGGUCUAGACUAUCCUAAUGUGUUGAAUCAUUCAUUUGGAUCCUACAGAAACUAUGAGUUUGAUGGUGUUUCGGAAAUUGGUGGGAUGGUUGUAGGACGAGCAGGAUCUCAGCCUUUCCAAUUAACUGAAAAUGUGAAUUCAAACACAUGGUUCUCAUCAGAAACAGCUAGUUUGAGUUCUGAUAGUCCCUCUGGAUCCUCCCGAUUUAGCAACGAGCUCUGUCUAAGUCUCACAACAUCACAAUCUGCUGUUGCAUGUGGGACUACUAUCCGGGACCAAUGCUCGGAUAUAAGUUGCUCCGGUGUAACCAACCAUGCUUUCCCUCAAAGACGCUUUGAUUCAGAGUUAACUUCUUGCAACAGCAGAAAUCUGUCUUUAAGCUUUGGUUCGUACAAACCUGUCCACCUUUCACAAUUCUUAACUGGAUCAAGAUAUCUCCGUGUAAUGCAAGAAAUACUCUCUGAAAUUGCUCAGUUAUCACUUCAAAAUCAUAACUUGGUAGGCUAUCGAGGAAAUGGGACGGAGAAUGGUGCAAACACUUCAUUUGCUUUGAAUUCAGAUGCUGGAAGGGGCUAUGCAGCCAUGAGUUCCGAUGAUUCACCUGAUGGUCUGAUGGAUUGUGAAGCAAAGAAAAAGAAUCUGGUAGCUUUGUUGCAAGUGGUUGACGAUCAAUACAACCAAUGCUUAGAUGAGAUUCAUAUGGUGAUCUCUGCAUUUCAUGCUGUGACCGAGUUGGAUCCUAGUAUACAUGCUCGUUUCGCCCUUCAAACAAUCUCCUCCUUGUACAAAAACCUGAGGGAGAGAAUAAGCAAUUACAUUCUCGCAAUGGGAGAACAUUUCAACAAAGGAGGAGAAAGGGGAGUAGAGAAGUCAUUUGAAACAUCAUUCAUUCAAAAGCAGUGGGCACUUCAGCAGCUAAAACGAAAAGAUCAUCAGUUAUGGAGGCCACAAAGAGGCUUGCCAGAAAGAUCUGUCUCCGUUUUGAGAGCAUGGAUGUUUCAAAACUUUCUUCACCCAUAUCCAAAAGAUGCAGAGAAGCAAUUGCUAGCAGUAAAAAGUGGAUUGACAAGGAGUCAGGUAUCGAAUUGGUUCAUAAAUGCUCGAGUUCGUCUAUGGAAACCAAUGAUAGAGGAAAUGUAUGCUGAGAUGAAUAGAAGAAAAAUUCGUGCUGGAAAUAAAGAUGAUCAUCGAAGAGAUCACAAAAUUAUUGAGAGUCAUUUAUUUACGAUGAAGUGACAUGAUGAUGAUGAUGAUUAUGUAUAAUAAUAUUUUUGAGUUCAUAGAUAUAUCACUAGUUUAGUUGAUCUUCAUCAUCUAAUAGUAGAGGAGAUAAUUUGCGCAAUUGUACAUCUGUUGUAUCUAAGACUCCAUGUUGUAUCCUAUGCCAAAAUAUCAUUUUUAUAUAUUAUUAUUAUUAUUAUUA